GUAAACAAUCAAAUAAAUCUAGUUGUGCAGUGUAUAUAAUACGGAUACAACAUGACUACGUGUUUAAGAAUGCUGGGCCUUAUGGCCGUUACAAUCGGCCCUAUAGCAGAAGGUAUGAUCGUGUACAACCCGAUGUCCUAUACGAAUCGAUACAACGAUCCAUGUUCACCGAAUCCAUGCGGUUCCAACACACAAUGUCGUGUGGCCGACGGAAGACCUGUUUGCAGUUGCCUGCCCGGCCAUUGGGGAAAUCCGUUGACCUACUGUCAACGCGGCGAAUGUGAAGUUAAUCAAGAUUGUCCGAACUCGAAGGCUUGCCGAAAUUACAAUUGCGAAGACGUGUGCGCAGGACAAUGCGGUCGGAACGCGGACUGCACGCCCAGAAAUCAUAUUGCGGUAUGCUCUUGUCCGGCACGUUACACCGGCGACCCGUCAGUGGCUUGUCGUCAAAUGGAUCCACAAGAACAAUGCUACCCCAGCCCUUGCGGUCAGAAUACCAAGUGCGAAGUGGUCAACGACGUGCCCGUAUGUUCCUGCCUGCCGGGUUACAUCGGUUCGCCGUUUUCCGGGUGCCGACACGAAUGCGAUUCCGACUACGAUUGCGGUUCGACGCAGAUGUGCCAACAGUACAAGUGCGUUUCCGCGUGCAGUGCCGGCACUUGCGCGUCCACGGCAAUCUGUGACGUUCGCAACCAUCGACCGACAUGUUCAUGUCCAAAGGGCUACUUCGGCGACCCGUAUGUAUCGUGCCGGGCUGAGUGUCUAGCUCACAGCGACUGCCCGCCGGACCGUCCCGCGUGCUCGGGCGAGCGUUGCGUGAACCCAUGCGCGGGCAACGUGUGCGGCGUGAACGCCAACUGCGAGGCGAGGGGCGCGACGCCGAUAUGCAGCUGCCCGCGGACGAUGACGGGCGACCCGUUCGUGCGGUGCCGGCCGUUCGAGCCGGCCGACCUGUGCGAGCCGAACCCGUGCGGUGAGAACGCGCGGUGCCAGCCCGGCCACGACAACACGGGCAAGGAGCGACCGGUGUGCACGUGUGUGCCCGGCUACGUGGGCGACGCGCUCACCCGGUGCCGGCGCGGCGAGUGCACCGCCGACAUCGAGUGCCGGCACGACCAGGCGUGCGUUGACUACCAGUGCAAGAACGUGUGCGCGGGCCAGUGCGGCGUGGACGCCGAGUGCAACGCGCGUAACCGCGUGGCCACGUGUUCGUGCCCGCCCGGUUACACGGGCGACGCGCUGUCCCGAUGCUACCCGAAGACGAACGGCGGCGGCUCCUCGGCCGGACGGUACACCGGCCGCGUCUACUACAACAGCAAGAAGUAACAAGUCUCUCUCUCUCUCUCUCCGUAAACUGUACAUAACACCGUAACCGCUCGAUCCGUCGUGUACACGAUUUUGUUGUCGGUUAUACAAUCCAAUGUCGUAAAUAUUUUAUCUCUUGUUCGUUCUUUCUGUAUUAACAUCAUUCGUGGUUAACACCGUUAACGAUCGAUUUUCAAAUAUUAUACGUAAUUUAUUCGAAUUAUUCGAACGCCUGUU